AUGCCAUCAUUGGUUGUGUUGGGACGACGGUGGAAUAUUGCGAGUGAUGAUUUCGUAUUUCCAUCAUUAUCCGAAAUAUUAGUUCGCUUAGCUUGGAUAUCAACGACAUGCGUUAUAUUUAUGCUAAAAAAGUGGGAAAGUUGCACCGAUCAACACUUUCUCGUUAAUCUUUUUUCAUUAAUUGGUAUUAAUGGUAUAACUAUUUUAACAUGUUUUGUUAUGGCAUUGAUUAGCGCUCGUGGAUCAAUCCUGGAACCACAUAAACGACAUCAUAUAACGAAAAUCAUCUACAUACGUUUGCCACUGUUUAUAUGUGAAAUUGCUAUUACUGGUGCAUCAACGGUCUUCGCUUACAGAAGUCCAAGUUCAUGUAGGCUUGUUAUUAUACUGCGUUUAGCAGUUCUGCUUCAGUGGACUCUGAUAGUAACAGUUUUAGUUGGUAUUGCUGUUGUAUUUAAUCCGUCUGGUAACAAUCGUAUACAGCCAAGUUUUCGGUCUGAAAAUCAAGCGUGGAUGCUACGUUUCAAAUUGUUCUUGUUGAGAAGAAAUGAAGCGAUGCAUGCAGCGUUAAAGGAUAUUGCUAUUCUUACAACAUCGUUUUUUGCCGAUGUUGAUCUGGUUGCAUCCGAUAUUCUGGCUGGUCUUUUAUUGGUUGUUCAUGCUCCUCAUCAACCACCCAGUUCUACUACUUAUUUGCCAGAAAUUGAACCACUGGAUUGGAUGACAUUGAACAAUGCGCGUUAUAUGGCAAAAUAUGUAGCAGCUAUGUAUGGUUGGGAAAUUUAUAUGUUUUACAAUUGUGGUUGUUGCGAUUGGCUAAAAGUAUGCAAGAAGAUUAGAUGUUGCUGGAAAUGUUACAACAGGCAGAGUUUUCCGAUUAAAGGUGACAAUUGCUGUGGAUGUGCUACGGCUACCUUCCUGGCAGUAACAGAAUGCAAAGAAGCUGAUAUAAUCUUCGUUUCAUUUGCGAAUGAACUCUAUCAGGUCCCAUUUAUCGUACUUGUGGAUGCAAAAACAAAAAGUAUUAUAAUAACAAUACGUGGUACAGCUUCAAUGAUGGAUGCGAUCAAUGAUUUAUCGCUUGAUGAUGAAGCAUUUUCGAUAGAUGUAGAUCAGGACCCGAUUCUUUCACGAGAUGAAAAGUUGGAUACCCCUGAUAAGGAAGUACGCGUGCAUCGUGGCAUGUUGCGUAGUGCAAGAUACGUGCUUGAAGUGUUACGUGCGAACCGUAUUUUGGAAGGUUUAAAAAUGAGAUAUCCCGAUUUUACACUCGUUUGUUGUGGACACUCAUUAGGUGCAGGAGUUGCAACAUUACUUACGUUGCUUCUUAAGCAGUCUUUCAUUCCCAUACAGUGUUUUGCAUAUUCUCCGCCAGGGUGUGUGAUCAGUGAAAAUGGUCUGAAAGAAACACAAAAAUUUGUAUUUAGUAUUUACAUUGGUGAUGAUAUUGUCCCACGGUUAUCAUUCCAGACAUUAUGUAAAUUAAAAUAUGAUGUGAUCAUGUCGUUGGCAUGCAGUAAUUUACCGAAAUAUAAAGUUCUGUUACGUGGCUUUUAUCGAUUAUGCUUUUCUCAUCCGUGGCAAUCAAAUCAGGAUGUUGAUCAUGAAGAUGAGGUAGCUAUAAAUAUUAACGAUCGACUGCCAUUGGUUUUUCACAGUUCGCUAUUGGUUAUUGAUGAUGGUGUUGAUGGUGCGGAGGAAAACAAUCUCGCAGAAAGAUGGGCAAAAAAGCGGACAAAGCUUCUUCCGCCAGGAUGUCUGCUUCAUGUUUGGAUGAUUGAUAAGGAAAAGAAAAUAAUUUGUAAAAGAUGGACCCAUUAUAGCUCGCUGAAUGAGAUCAAACUGUCAAGUGCUGUUAUUAGUGACCAUAUGCCAUAUAAUGUGUUAAAAGUGCUUAACAUGGAGCUUAAUUUAGAUGCGUAA